AUGACAACCACCUCGGCGAAUCUCUCUGUAACUUUGUCGGUUGCCUACCAAGCCCUACGCGUGAAGUCUAAUAAGCAUGUCUACUGGCGAGCCGUCAGGCUGGAGACGGCGGUAGUCAUAACCAGACCAAUAGAGAACACGUACGAGUAUGGACAGGUAUCGGAAACGGACAAAAACAGGGGACACGCCGACGCGAACGGAAACCCAGGAGAACGAACGACAGUGACAGGUUCCCCCAGCCCGACAUCAACACUGGAGUGACAACCACUGUUUGCACGGUUACGGACAGGUGUGAACGGGGCAGGAAGGCGAGAUACGUGGAGAGCGGACAGCGGACAAUGGCCGCGGUCACCUCGACACCGCCUCCCUCCGCACACCCGACAAAGGAUGAGGAGGAGCCGAUGCCAUCUUGACAACAAUAGCCAACCCUGUGAUGUAGCGCGCUUGAAGUCAGUGACACGUCAGCAUGGAGAAAAACCCUUAAAUACUGCGACUUGCCGUACCAAACCCACCUCCGAGGAUGGAAGCAUGUUUUCUUUCGAAACAUCAGUCCAAUAAAUACAUGGUUUUUGUGAUCGUCCCUCCACCACAUAUAUGUUGUAGAGUAGAAGUGGUAUGCAUUCCGAGACGAUAUAAUAAAGAGGUUCUUCGGAAAAAAUCGAGUUGUACUCGUGAAUUUUCGAAUUGGUGACACCAACCCGUCGUCAAACGAAAUGAAGGUAAAUGUGAGAGUGAGACAGUCACACCAGACUAGUUGACGCGACAGGACAAACAUUGAUGGACUGACCAGGGUAGGGAGUCAUGCUGGGUUAUGAGCCGGGUGUGGGGAGAGAACAGUUACGGCUCCCUGUGUUAGAGGGGAGGGGGAAUGUAGGUUGGCGGAACUGCGGACGUCUGGAUGAGGCGUGGGGCUCGAUUUAGUGAGGCGUGAUCUUAGACCUUCAUAAUGGGUUCUAGGUCAACGUGGCGGUUGAUGCUGUCCGCGUUAGAGUGUAUAUAUAUGCUGAAAUGAAUCCCUACAAAGGCAAGGGAACUUGGGAUGGUCAUUUUUGGCUUAUAAGCCGUCGUCAGCCAUCCUUACCAAAACUGGAGUUGUGCUGCACCUGAGUCUCCAGCUCUCGGCAUUAAGCUCAACACUCUACCAGUGGGGCCGAUUGCAAUCGAGAAUAUAUACUUAUCUUGGAAGUGCGUUCACCCGCUCGUCCCAUUGUGCCUCGGGGCUCAAUGAAGAGGCCUCACAAAUAGACUGAUAAUGUUGGGACAGUAUGGAUGAUCAUUUUAGAAAGCAAUAGGUAGGGCCCAACGGAAUAGACACAGCUGCCGAUGUUUCAAAUUACUUGGUCGGAUCGCCACUACCAAGGCGCCAAAUGCACAAAAAUCGAACAGUACUGGAAGUAAUGUGCCGAGCUAGUCAGUCUUGGGCUUAUCGAUUUUCUUCUGAUUUCGCUGGCUAGGCCUUUUCGCAGGUAUUUGGCGGGCUUGAGGUUUGCGCACAUCAGGAAUCACUACUUCUAUGGCAAGUGGUCGAGCUUCUUCAGGUAUGAUCGGUUUGGUGGCUCUUUACCCCCUCCCCCGUCGGGUGGAAUCGCCGUCUAAUCCUGCCUGAGCUGUUCUAUUGGGUUCUGUGUGGCCGUCCUGUCCCGGUAUUUGUGUACGAAAUGACGCAUUACGCCACAGGAAGGUCAAGACGCUUCUUGAUGGAGAUGGCAACCGAAUACCACACCUCAAAUAUCAGCCGUCCAGUCUUCGAGCUACGCCCGCCUAAGAUGGUCGUUCCCUAAUGCGGCCAGCUCCUCCAAUGUCCGUUGCGAAUCGAGAGUUUAGGUUUAGCCUUCAGUUGCCGGUUUGUGUUCGUGUAGGCGCAUUAGAAAUUCCCCCCCCCGUUCCCUCAAAGUAGCUGAAACCGCAUAAUCUCAGCUUUUUUUAUUGGGCUUUCGUGAAUGACUGAGUGUCCUUAAGUUGUACCAAACGAUGACGAACUGUUAUAAGGGAUCGAUGAGCUGUACUUCCUAUGAGGGUCUACUCGAUGAACAAAACGGGCGCUGAGCGGACAGAGCAAGAAGGGACCAUUGCCUGUAUUAAGGAAGUUCCCGAGACGGUUUCUCGAAUGUUACAACCCGCCAGAGUAGGCCGACCUUAAAAAGUUAUGUUCCGGACACUCUUUUCAAAGUCCUGGCGUUAAUAAUUUUUGCUUCAAAAUUCUUUGGAUUUCUUACACUAGAAAUCAAAAGCGGAGCGCUGGACGUCGAAUGAGGGGCCAAAGUCCCCACAGUUGCGCCAUGCAGUAGCGAAAACAUUGGUGGAACAUUCAUGGUCGCUGUGCGACUGCCUUCGUGAAUUCUAAAUUGAGUCUCAAGGCACAGCGGGACACGUAUAUCUGGCAAUGUUAUCGGUGAAUGCUAGUCAACCUCAUUCUGCAUACGUUAAUAGCCGCAAUGUGACUGACUAAAGGUGCUCUAGAUAGAGCUUCGAGACACAACGGGACGAGCGGAUGUCGUAACGCGAUCAGUGAACGCCCUCUACCAUAGUUAGUAUACGCCAUUGAGACCGACAGGACAACGAGCCUCUGGCUCAGUGGCUAGGGCUUUGGACUAAUAACCACCGGAGCGCGGGUUCGAGCCUCAGUGCUUGGCGACCCUUGUCGUCAGCCGGCUUUACCAAUCCUACGUCUGGACAACUUGAGACUCGAGCCAGGGGUCUUUGAUAUUGGAGGGUUUAUAUUUCCAACCCUCUACCAGUGGACGUCAAACUCAGCGUCCUGUCCAUUGUGAUCGAUUGCAUUAAUUAUGCUGAAGGGGUCUCCACAGCUCCGUCGUAUCUUAGGGCUCAGUGUUGUAGACCUUGCGGCCGACUUUACCUGGACAACCUGGGACUCGAGCCAGGGGUCGUUGAUAUUGAAGGAUUUACAAUUGUAAUCGACAUAACAGGAGACUCGUGGACAAACGUCAGUGCGUUGGACCUCGAAACUCUCAGUGUCCAAAGAAUCCGAGUCGGAGUCCCAAGCCCUACAACCCUUGGGUUAGGUAAGGUAAGCUGACAAGAAAAGGGCAGCCCUAGUACAGGAACAUUCUCCUCAUCGCCCAUUUAUCUUUCCUAGUCGUUUAUUAGACACAGACUGUGGGUAGAUCCUCUAAACGAUUGCGUAUGUUCGCGUCAGAUUUCAGGACCGUGAGUACACUUCGGACAGUUUCGCGUUCGGCUCGCCCAAGUGCAUUUGCACUUUGGGACUGUUUAUGAGUGAAAACUGAGCACUUAUCCUCUCCCUCACAGUCAUUUCUUGCUAUAGCAUCCCUGUGGACAUUCCUUUGUCAGUUAUGCGACACUAUGCAGUCGGGAGAGCCACACCCCGAGCAGCAGCAGCAGCAGCAGCAGCAGCAGCAGCAGCAGCAGCAGCAGCAGCAGCAGCAGCAGAUCCCUCGGUUGCAUAAGCAGGCGCUGACUGACCUUGUUUGA